AGAAUCGAUACUCAGCUGAUCAGAAUUUAUUUUAAACUUCUGAUUCUGAAGUUGUGGAUUCAACUAGAUUUUUACAUUUACUUCUGCAGGACUCAUCUUUUCUUCAUCGUAACAUGUAAACAUAGAUAACAUUUGCUUAAUUGUCUAUUCAGAAGGAUUUUUUAGGUGUUUAAAAUUUCUGAAAGCUGCAAAAUUAUUUUGCAAUGUUACUCUUUCAACUUUAAUCAACAAUCACUCCAAGAAAUUAGUGCAUAAGGUAAUUAUAAUGUCAUUAUUAUGUCAUUUAAAUUGGUUACUACCAGUUUCUUCAGUUUCGUGGCUUAUUUAUGCCUUAUUUAAGAGGAGUAAUAGGCAAAAAUAUAAAGAUAGCUUCAAAGACAAAGUUAUUUUCAUAACAGGAGCUUCUUCAGGUCUUGGCGAAGCUUUAACUAGAGUUUUCCACAAAUUCGGAGCUAAAUUAAUUAUUGCUGCCAGGAACAUCGAAAAGCUGAAUGUGCUGCGAGAUGAAUUGGUUGAGAAUUACCCAGAAGGAUAUCGCCCAACUCCUUUGGAAUUAGACUUAAGUAAAAUCGAUACUAUCCGACAAAUUACCAAAUCAGCGAUCGAUAUACAUGGUAAUAUUGAUAUAAUAAUUAACAAUGCCGGUAUCAGUUAUAGAGGAGCAAUAAUCUCAACUGAUAUUAAUGUCUACCAAAACUUAAUGACAGUGAAUUAUUUUGGACAAAUCGAAGUGAUUAAAGCAAUAACUGAACAUUUUGUUACAAUUGGUAAAGGAACAAUCGUCGGUGUUGGUAGCGUUCAAUCACAAAUAAGCAUACCAUAUAGAUCGGCCUACUCAGCCUCUAAACAUGCCUUUCAAGCUUUUAUGGAUUGCCUUCGAGCUGAAUUAUCUUCCAUCCAACCAGGUAUUGACGUGCUAGCUGUGAAUCCAGGUUACAUCAGAACAAACUUAUCUUUAAAUGCACUCUCAUCUGACGGAUCUCUUUAUAAUAAGAUGGACGAAACGACUGCUUUAGGCAUGGAUCCUGAGAUUGUUGCCAAUGAAAUUGCUGCAGCGAUUUAUCAAAAGAAGAAAGAGUUAUUCUUGUCAUCUGUAACUCAUAGAUUAGCCAUAAUACUUCGUUAUUUGUUUCCGAAUUUAUUCUUCAUUUUAAUGUCCAAAAGAGCCAAGAAACUUACUUAAUUGUUGUUAUGGUUUGUUAAACAAUUUGUCUUUUUAUUAACGUUUAAUAUGGCAAAACUAGACAUACUGUUGAUUACAGUGAAGUCUGCAUAUGACUAAAGAUCUUACAGUUUUCAUUCAGACAAUUGUAAGAAUAGCCAACCUAAUUUUAUUAAGCAUUGAAGUAGCAAGAGUAAUUUGAUAAAUCUGAUUAUAAAUAUCAAAUAAAUACAAUAACUCAUUCCAAA